AUGACACAGCAACAAGACACCCACGAUGCUCUGGAGAGUCAAUUAGUUGGCGCAUGUAGCAAAGAAAUACCGGUAGUAUAUCCGCCCUUGUUGACCCGGAGCAUCGUUGUUUUCAGUCUUAUGUUGGCCACCUUCCUGAUUGCACUUGACAUGAGCAUUAUCGGUACCGCCGUCCCUAUGAUUACCACUGAGUUUAACAGCACGGCCGACAUAGGCUGGUAUGGCAGUGUCUUCUUUCUUACAUUGGCUACCUUUAUAUCUCCCUGGGGUAAAGCUUACAAGUACUUCUCGUUACGAAUUGUAUAUAUCACAGCAAUUUUCGUAUUCGAAACCGGCAGCCUUAUCUGUGCCGUAUCACAAAACAACAUCACCCUCAUUGUUGGUCGUGCUAUUCAGGGUGCCGGAGCCGCGGGUUUAGCUGGCGGUGGUUACACUAUCACGGCUUUUAUUGUGCCACUUGAUGCACAACCAGUCGUUGUCGGCCUGAUGGGUUCUGUUUUUACAAUAGCCAGUAUCGCAGGUCCGUUGUUAGGAGGCGUUUUCACAUCCGACGUGAGCUGGCGAUGGUGCUUUUAUAUCAAUCUACCCAUCGGAGGAGUCACAGUUCUCUGCAUACUGGUUUUCUUCAGAACACCUGCUCAUUCCAAAGUGAGCCAUGGAGCACCCGCCAGAGAGAUCAUAGCAAGCUUUGAUCCUAUUGGAUUAGUUUUGAUGUUUUCAGGCGUCCUCUGUUUCUUCAUUGCUGUGCAACAGGGAGGUGUGUCGAAGCCAUGGAAUUCGGCAGAGGAAAUCGGUCUCUUGGUCGGUUGUGUACUCUUACUAACCCUGUUUGUCAUCAAUGAGUGGUAUCAGGGAGACAGUGCUCUAAUCGUGUACCGCAUAUUGAGCACGAGGUCGAUUGGUGUAUGCUCCGGCUUUAUCUUCUUCCUCAACGCCGGAAACAUUGCACUACAAUAUAACCUGCCUAUCUAUUUCCAAUCAAUCCAAGGUAACUCUGCUGUAGAAAGUGGUAUCAAGAUGAUCCCAUCGAUCCUAGCGACUGCUCUUUCAACGGGAAUUGGCUCGGCGGCCAUCGGGAAAUUGCACAUCUUCCAACCUUUCCUACUGGCUGGAGCAGCCAUUGCUACUGUUGGGAUCGGCCUUAUCUAUACUUUUGAUAUCAAUGUGGGCUUGGGUCCCAUCAUUGGAUACCAGAUAUUAUACGGUGUCGGCACUGGCCUCGGAGUACAGACGCCUAAUCUCGUGGCAACCGUCACGAGCCGGCCGGAAGACGUGUCGAUUGCCGUUGCUACUGUUUCAUUUUUCAUGUUCACUGCUGGUGGCUGGGGAGUAGCGGUGGCAGACGCCAUUCUGAACAAUCUGCUCCUUCAAAAGUUGCCUCAGUACGUACCUGACAUCGAUCCCCAAUCUAUAUUGAGCGUUGGUGCUGGGGGGAUCAAAGAUGUAUACCAUGGAGAAGUACUCAGAGGUGUGCAGCAGGCAUAUCUCGAUGGUCUUCAUGGUAGCUGGGCUCUCGGAAUCGCAGCUUUUGGAGCUACGUUCCUCUGGGCUCUCGUCCCUGAGUGGCCGGGAAGGCUUCUAUCGCCAUCUGAAGAGAAACACGAUGCUCAGGUAAAUGAGGAAGACCAGAGUGACCGAGGUGUGGGAAAAGAGAGUUGA